AUGGAUCGGUCGAAGAUAGAUUCGGCUGCCACAGAGGAAUUCGACCCAUGCGUCUGCGUCCUCGAGAGCCCCAGGGACAUACCGCCGAGCGCUGGCUCUUUGACGUCUGACGAAGGCACGCUGCCUCGCACGCCAUCGGGCGCACCGAGCUCGCGGCGUACAGCGACCUACACCGGUAUAGGCAUCUAUGAUGCUGACAUUUUCGAGCCUCUGGACGAGAAAUAUGACGCGAGCUAUGGUGACCUCGAUGUCCUCGGGAAAGGUUGGCUGGACCAGGCGCCUGGCAAAAAGGCGUUGCUCCUGCGGUCGUCGUCUGCACCUCGCGUGGUCUCCUACAAGCACGUCUCCCGGGGGAUACAUGCAUCCACUGCGCCCCAUGCUCAGAAGCCGAAGUGGGUUCGGCUGCCCAAGGCGUGGUUAUGGGACAAGUCCUUCGGCCGCGUCGAUAUCAUUGUAUGGCACUGUCUAUUCGUUGCCGUCACUCCCGCCUUCUUUGCCUUCGCAGUGAAGCUCAUCCAUGACCUUUCGGUUACUCGAGCUCGUCUGCUGGUGGCCAUUCUGUGUGCCGCAUUCGGCAUACUCGUUGGAUCAUCGCUCACUGAACUCGCACAACCGUGGCUCGAGGCUGCACAACGAAGAUUUAUACUGCAGAAUAGCCAGCUGCAUAAUCAUCGGAUGACGUCCUCCAAAGCGACGGACUUGAUGACCAGCCCCAAACGUCUCAAGGCCGCAGUAAGUCUAGCAUGGCGACGUCUCAGGUACAACGAGGAAUUCCGUCGUCAAGGUCAUAUAAGAGGGCCUGGUGUGGGCAGCAUCCUAUUCUUUGUUUUUCUCUUCGUGGUUGGCCAGUGCAUCAGCUUUGCCUUGGGUCGGGCCGUCAUCAUUGACGCGGUCGUGAAGCAUCAAUACAAGACUGCCGAACUCGUGGCAGUCGCUGCAGACCUUGCUCCUAUUGAUAUACAGAGAGCAAACGCUUCACAGGCAGUCUUCAACGAUUACCAGAGCUCGUGGACCUUCUACUCCACGGCAGUCGGCUCCGGCUUGUCUAGAAACGUUUCGUUUCACCUCACCGGUGAUCUGGCCUCUGAAUUCGGCAACGACACCGUCUACUUCGCAGAGCUCGAGCCCUCUCAGAUGCUGCCCUGGGGAUCGGGACUGGGCUCUUUUGACUCGGACCAAGCGACCCAACCGGACAUGAGCCGCGCCUCCGCUCUCAAUCCGUCCGAAACACCUGGCUUGGGGAAUCUGCUUCGGUUUCCUCGAUGGGGCAUACGCAUCCACUGCCAAAAGUUACCUGACCCUGCGGUGCACCUUCGUCCCGUGGCGGCGUCCGGCAGCACAUACAUUUACAUCCCUCGAGAUCUAAUCAAAUCGCUGUACGAGUCUUUCGAUAUCCAACUCCCAGAUGCACUCGAGAAUACCACUUUUGACCCGAGUUUGGUUCUGGCCCCGGAUGAUACCAUGCCAUCGGGAUUUAACGUCAGUGAUAUCUUAUACGGCGUACGGUUCUACAACAAUGGUGUUGGUCACUCUCUUUGGAGUAGACCUACCGACAUGGGUGAUGCUGGCGACGGCUGGAAAUCAAUUGAGGCUGUUCUGGUUCGACUCAACAAUACCUACGCUGAUGCCCCUACAUUCCCGAUAUACGGGCCAGAGUCCAACGAUACGGCGAGUUAUGACGCGGCCGUAUGCAUCAGGCUCAUCGAACCGUGGAUAGUGGAAGCAUACAACAGCACGGUCAGCGCGCCAAGCUCGCUACGUAUCGUCUCUAGGCAAGCCGCCGCCGUUCCCCGUGGCCUUGGGACCAAGGAUGACACGCCUGGGUUUCUCAACUCCACUGGAAAGUGGCCCGCGUAUGUGGCCGCGCACGGCAACUCAGUGAACCAGAUCGAGAAGGAUAACGGACGAGACGCAUGGUAUAUACCUUCGCCCACAAUGGUCUCCUUCACAGAUGGGUCCGGUCCCCGCGGUUACACCGAGCUGAAUCCCUCACGGGUUGCCGAAACCCGUGCUCUCGCGGACUCGCUGAAUCUCUUGCCCUAUCUCUCAGGGUCGGGUCAGUUAACUUCUGUCUCGUUCGCGGACAAGACCUUUGCUUCCGCCAGAGUGGACUGGAGGAUCAUGGGUACGAUCGCUGGCGUCCUUCUUUCCCUCGGUGUUCUUGCGCGGUUCCUGCCGCACGAGAAUCCGAGUGGCAUGGAAGUUCAGCCGCGAAACAUGAGAUCCAAGGAUAAUAUCCCAUUAUAUCGAGGGGGAUGA